GGGAAACGAAUCAAAUAAUAGUGUCCAAGUUCAAGUGUGAAACCCAAAACUGAAAUAAAAAUAAAUAAAUACAUAAAUUCACAAUCUACGUUUCAAUUUCUUCACAUCCACGUUCCCACUAACCCUAAUUCUUCUAGGGUUUUCAACACACUAAUUUCUUUCUCUCAAUCUCCGAAUUCACCCUGAUUCAACCCCCAAUUUCGUUUCACUUUCAGGGUUUCCUUCACCAAACGACACUACGUUCAUUCCUGUUUCUUCUUAUUCAUUCGAUCACAUCUUAUAAUGGUGGGUUCGGAGGUUUUACCUUCGCCAAAGCAGCACGGGGUUACGAAACCCUUGUCGUUAGCCGGACCGUCUAACGCUGAUUUAUUAAGAACCAAGAACUUGAAUAAGUUCUUGGUUGAUGCUGGAUUGUAUGAAAGUAACGAAGAAACUGAUAAGAGAGAGGAGGUUCUUGUUAGAAUUAAGCAGAUUGUGGUUGAUUGGGUGAAGCAACUUACGCGUAUACGAGGGUAUACCGAUCAGAUGGUUGAAGAUGCAAAUGCUGUGAUUUAUACUUUUGGAUCGUAUCGGCUCGGGGUUCAUGGUCCUGGGGCAGAUAUUGACACCUUAUGUGUCGGGCCGUCUUAUGUGAAUCGAGAUGCGGAUUUCUUCUUUGUUUUGCACGACAUAUUAAGCGGGAUGGAGGAAGUUACGGAACUUCAACCGAUUCCGGAUGCUCAUGUUCCUGUCAUGAAGUUCAAGUUCGAUGGGAUAUCUAUUGAUCUUCUUUACGCCAGUGUUUCACUUUUGGUUGUGCCAGAUAAUCUAGACAUCUCCGAUGUUUCUGUAUUGUACGACGUUGACGAGCCUACAGUUAGAAGCCUUAACGGUUGCAGGGUUGCUGAUCAGAUUCUUAAACAUGUUCCAAAUGUUGAGCAUUUUCGUACAACACUCCGAUGUUUAAAGUAUUGGGCCAAACAGCGUGGCGUUUAUUCAAACGUGACGGGAUUUCUCGGUGGUGUAAACUGGGCGCUUUUGGUGGCACGGAUAUGUCAAUUUUAUCCAAACGCUAUUCCGAGUAUGCUAGUAUCAAGGUUCUUCAGGGUUUACACGCAGUGGCGGUGGCCAAAUCCCGUAAUGCUUUGUGCAAAAGAAGAAGAAGAGCUAGGAUUUGCCGUGUGGGAUCCCCGUAGGAACCCCAAGGACCGCACGCACCACAUGCCGAUAAUAACACCUGCGUACCCCUGCAUGAAUUCUAGCUAUAACGUCUCCACUAGCACACUUCGUGUCAUGACAGAACAAUUUCAGUUCGGAAAUAGAAUAUGCGAGGCGAUUGAACUUAACAAAGCGCAGUGGCCUGCAUUGUUCGAGCCGUAUAUGUUUUUCGAAAGCUACAGAAACUAUCUUCAGGUUGAUAUUGUUGCUGCAAAUACCGAUGAUUUGCGUUCGUGGAAAGGCUGGGUUGAAUCUCGUUUAAGGCAGUUGACUUUAAUGAUUGAGCGGGACACAUCGGGGAAACUGCAGUGUCAUCCGUAUCCGCAUGAAUAUUCCGAUCCGUCAAAGCAAUGUUCGCACAGUGCGUUUUUCAUGGGAUUACAGAGGAAACAAGGAGAAGUGAUUCAAGAAGGUCAACAGUUUGACAUCCGUGGUACCGUUGACGAGUUUAGGCAUUCCGUGAGCAUGUACGCCUUUUGGGUACCCGGGAUGGAGAUUUACGUUUCUCACGUGCGUAGACGACAGAUCCCGUCGUACGUGUUUCCAAACGGUGACAGACGUGCUCCGUUAUCAAGUCAACACCUAUCUGAGGAAGUUUCCAGAAAGAGAAAAUAUAACGGAACACGUGUGGAACAAAACGAGCGUCGUAAAAGGAAGCCAGUAAGCCCACAAAAUCGCGAUUCGGUUUCUCCGGUUAUCGUGAAUCAUUCGCACGGGAUUCAAGAAAGCAACUUGGAGAACACGUGUGGUAACGGUCAGGUGUUUGAAGCUGUUGAGCCGAAGAUAGAAGUGGAUAUGGUACUAAAUUCGAGAACACAAGCAGCCGUCUUGGAGCAGAAGUCGGUAACAAGGUUAGGCGUGACGUCAACGGCUUGAAAAAGAAGAGUAAAGCGUGCGUGUUGGUAGAGAACAGAAGCCGGAAGUUAUGGUAAGUAGUAAUGGUGUUGUGUAACUUGCUUUGUAUCUCUGGCCAUGAUUGUUUUCUGCACAGCAAGCUGGAUGGAAGGAAGAAAUUAGAGGUGGUAUUGAGUGUUGAUUGUUUAGGUUUAGGUGUGAGUGUGUGAUUAUGUGUUGGUUAGAAAUAUUUUGAGGAGAGUAGAGGGUGAGGGCUAACUUGGUAAUUUUGUAACUUUGAUACAUCUAUAUUAAUAUUAGUGUGUGUUU